AUGCCAUCAUUAACUGAAUUAAACCUGUCAAAUGAUGAUGUAUGGUGGUCUAUGGAUAUUGUGGUCAGUUAUAUUGACUCAGUCGAGUUAGAAGCAGGUACAACAGGACAAAGUAGUAGUCAGCAGUGGCGCAAUGCACAUACGAAACGUAUCUCAGCUUCACAAGUGGGCUCUAUUUUGAACCGUGUUCGUUCACCUGCUGAUCCUUUCUUACAAAAUUUAUUUAGCUCUUUCACUGGUUCUCAAAUUUCUGCUGUUCCUCGUCCAAUACACUAUGGCAUUGAAAACGAGUCAAAAGCACUGAACAAAUAUAAAAAAGCCAUGGUGUCAAAAGAUUUUGAAGUUUAA